AUGGUGAAGAAAGCAAAGAAAACACCGGAAUUUGAUUUGAACAUGCUUCAAGUGUUCAAGAAGGUUGAGGUAACCAUACCACUUUUUGAUGCUAUUUUACAAAUUCCAAAGUAUGCAAAAUUUUUGAAAGACUUGUGUACACACAAAGAUAGGAUAGGAGAAUUGGAGACAUUAUCCUUGGGUAAUUCAAUUUCUUCCUUGAUGGAACCUAUUCCAAAGAAAUGUGGUGACCUUAGGCCUUGUUUGGUGUCUUGUUGUAUUGGUGGACGCACUUUUCUUGAUUGUAUGUGUGACCUUGGAGCUUGUGUAAGCAUCAUGCUGCUUUCUAUCUUUGUGCGAUUGAAUUUAGCUCCAUUAAAGAAGUCGGCGGCGAGGUUUUCCUUAGCCGAUAAAAGUGUGAUCACGGUAACAGGAAUAGCCGAAGAUGUACUUAUGGCGAUCGAGGAUUUGGUUUUUCCGGUUGACUUUUACAUCCUUGAAAUGCCUCCAACAGAAAAUAGAAGCUCAUCCUCCGUUCUACUUGGUAGACCCUUCCUUAAGACCUCUAAAUUCAAGUUAGAUGCCUUCACCGGCACAUAUUCCUUUGAGGUUGAAGACAAGACUAUCAAGUUCAAUUUGGAAGAAGCCAUGAAGCAUCCUCUUGAAGAGCAUUCUGUUCUCCGAUGUGAUGUAAUCGAUGAAGUGGUAGCGGAAGUGCGAGAAGAAGACCAUAACAAGUUGUGCUACCAUAUUGUUGAAGAGACGGAUGACCAAGAAGGUGAACAUGAGAAAUUUGUUGAGAAUGAACUCCAUGAGCUUGAUGAAAAGGAACCUCAGCUUGAGGCAAAGAGUGAAUUGAAGCCUCUUCCAUCUCAUUUGAAGUAUGCUUUCUUAGAGGACAACCAAAAGUUUCUGGUCAUUAUUGCUAGUGAGCUUUCUAGUGAAGAAGAAGAAAAGCUCCUAGAUGUUCUCAGAAAGUACAAGAAGGCAAUUGGUUGGAGCCUAGCCGAUAUUGUGGGGAUUGACCCUCGCAAGUGCAUGCAUCGUAUAUUUCUCCAAGAGGGAGCUAGGCUGGUUAGGCAACUGCAAAGGAGGCUCAACCCAACCAUCCUCGAUGUGGUAAAGAAGGAGGUCACUAGGCUACUUGAUGCGGGUAUCAUAUACCCGAUUUCUGACAGUGAGUGGGUGAGUCCUGUCCAGGUUGUUCCCAAGAAAUCAGGCAUCACUGCGGUUAAAAAGGAUGAUGGUGAAGUGGUCACCAAGAGAGUACAAAACGCGUGGCGAGUGUGCAUUGAUUAUAGAAGAUUGAACGCCGCUACAAGGAAGGACCACUACCCUUUGCCCUUUAUCGAUCAGAUGUUGGACCGUUUGGCAGGUAAAUCCCAUUACUGCUUUCUUGAUGGAUUCACUGGUUACUUCCAGAUUUACAUUGCUCCUGAAGAUCAGGAAAAUACCACAUUCACUUGCCCUUUUGGCACCUUUGCCUACAAAAGGAUGCCAUUUGGACUAUGUAAUGCACCUGCUACUUUUCAGCGGUGCAUGACUAAUGUCUUUUCCGAUCUAAUGAAGAAUUGUCUGGAAGUCUUUAUGGAUGACUUCAGUGUUUAUGGAACUUCAUUUGAUUGUUUCUUAGAGAACUUGGCCAAGGUCUUAGCUAGAUGUGUUGACACUAACCUUGUCUUGAAUUUUGAGAAAUGUCACUUUAUGGUAAGACAAGGUAUAGUGUUAGGACAUGUAGUAUCUCAUGAAGGAAUCUCUGUAGACCCAGCCAAGGUCGAUGUUAUCACCACUUUACCUUACCCCUCAUCUGUGAGGGAGGUCCGCUUGUUUUUAGGACAUGCAGGAUUCUAUAGGCGCUUUAUCAAAGAUUUCAGGAAAAUUGCUUUGCCAUUGUCGCGCCUACUCCAAAAAGAUGUGGACUUUGAGUUUGACAGUGAAUGUGUGAAAGAUUUUAAAGAGCUAAGGAGUGUUCUUACCAUGACACCGAUUGUGCGAGGCUCCAGAGCCAUUUGA